CAAACCUACCAAAAUGGUCUUCCUGAUUGCCGUUCUCUUUGCCCUCGCUGUGGGCACUCUUGCCGACAAUGGUCCUAGAUACACUCCUCCUGUCCCCUCCUAUAACGCCCCUGCACCGGCUCCUUCGGGACCUGCACAGUACGACUUCAACUAUGCUGUACAAGACAACAUCGGAAACGACUUCGGUCACCAAGAAGGCCGAAACGGAUACGACACUCAGGGUACCUACUACGUCCAGCUCCCCGACGGUCGUCUCCAGAAGGUCACCUACACUGUCAACGGCGACUCCGGUUUCGUGGCUGAAGUGACUUACCAGGGAGAGGCCCAGUACCCUGCUCAAUCCUACCAGCCUGCUCCAGCCCCUUCAUACGGCUAGAUCUACUUGCUAGCGUAUUCUUUUAUAAUUAUAAAAUGUAUUUUUAGAUAUAUAAAAUAGUAAU